UCAAAUCGAACAGCUGCGAUGAAAUAUUGAAAAAUAAACUACAACUGCUUGGAUACCAAUUUGUUUACCACUGUUAACUUCCACAAACAAUUACGAAAAGUCAAAUAGUGGGAAAAAAUGUAUUUUCUAUUUUGAUAAACCAUUUUUGAAACUUCGAAAAAUUUAUAAAAAUAUGAUAAAUAAUUUCUAAAAAAGCUGCUUUGUAAGCAUAUAUAAAUACAACGAUUGUUAGAAAGUAUCUACGAAAUAUUCGAAUACGAAUCAGCAAAAAAUUACAUACUAAAAAAUUUCACAUAAACCGAAAAAGACAGUUUUAGCGAAAUCGAGAAAGGAUUUGGAAAAUUUUCAAUACAAAAAACAAAGCUUGAAGACAGCAAAAGAAACCAGUAAACGUACAAAGAAAGUGAUACAAAAUGCCGCCAAAAAAAGGAAAAGGGAAGAAGGGCAAGAAGGCGCCAAUGUUAAUUGAUGGCGUGGACACGUCCACCAUGACGCGAGACCAGCUGGAGCAAUUUGCGCUCAAACUAAAAGAGGAGAUGGAACGUGAACGUGAAGAGAGAAACUUCUUUCAACUGGAACGCGAUAAAAUACGCACAUUCUGGGAAAUUACGAGAGGACAAUUGGAGGAGACUCGCUUUGAGGUGCGUAACAAGGAUCAUGAGGUGGAAAUGGCGCAGGAGUUGGCUGAUGUUGAUACCAAACACAUUAUGCAACAAAUGAAACACCUGCAAUAUGAGAAUCAGAACAAAAUUGGCGAAAUACGCGCUGAGGCGAUGACACAAUUGAAGUUAUCACAAGAGUAUCAUGAUGUACAGGAGCAAGAGUUGCUAAAGGAUAAACGCGAAUUGCGGCGAUUGCUACGCGAACGGGAGGAAACGCAUGAACUACAAACACAACAGCUGAAGAUGAAGCAUAACGAUGAAAUGGCCGAAGCGCGCAUUCAAUUCCAACGAGAAGCAAAAGACAUGGAUCUUUUGCACGAAGAGAAGAUGAAGGCACUGAGAAACGAAAUAGAGCUGGUAUAUCGCAUGCAAAUGUUCGAAGUGGAGGAACGUAAAAACACACAGAUUCAACGAUUGAUUGAUAGUCACGAUACAGCAUUUAACGACAUGAAGAACUACUACAACGACAUCACACUAAACAAUUUGGGUUUGAUUAGCAGCUUGAAGGAUCAACUUGAAGUGUUGCGCAAACAAUCGGAGCGCAGUGAGCGCACCGCUACCGAAGUACUCGCAGAGAAUCGCAAACUUAAAGAACCACUAGAUGCAGCUCAAGCCGAACUUGCCGACUUGCGUCGCAAAAUGGAGCACUUUGAACGCGAUCGCAAUCAGUUGGCACGACUUAAAUCACGCAACACUUACAUUGAGAAACAAUUAAAGUCGCUAACGUGGGAAACAGAGACACUGCUGCUGCGAAAUGACACGCUGAAAAAGGAACGCGAAGAGCUCAAAGCGAAAUUCGAUGAAGUUGUUAUGGAGUUGCAACAAAAGACGGGUCUGAAGAAUGUGCUGCUCGAACGCAAGGUCAGCAUGAUGGAGCGCGAAAGUGAGAAACGUGAUAUGUUGCUGAAGAAGAUACAAUCCAUGUGCGGCGCUACCGGAGAUGCAAAACAAAGUCUGGAGAAGCAAAUCAAUUCGGUACUUGAUGAGAAGAACCAAUUAAUCGAUGAUCUACGAUACGAGCUGGUGCGCGUCGUUAAAGCGCACGACGACCUGCUCGGCACAUACGAAUCGAAGCUGCUGCAAUUUGGCAUACCGCAAGACGAAUUGGGCUUCGAGCCGUUGCGCUUGUCGGAGAAGCAUCGUUAUUUAUGCGGCCCAGCUGGCCUGGUGACCAAGAAUCAAUGAAAUAUGCCUGCCAACAUGCUGACUCGUCUACAUCGCGCUUAUCGGUUUGGUUAUUGUGAUUUUCCCCUUUUCUUUUUUUGCUUUUCACUACAUUCACUGCUUUAAGUUGGCAUUAAUACAAGAGGCUAAUGGACUGUA